AUGGGAGGUUAUUUGUGGUGUUAUGAAAAUCAUUAUUCUGUCAAAGAUUUUCUAAGGAGUCAGAUUCCGGAAUAUCAUCCUGAUUCCACAAACAAAAAAAGUAUUGAGGAAGGCAAGGGUUUUGAUGUUAUGUCGUUGAUUUCGGGUUGUGACCUGGUCCGGACUAAUGGCGAAGUGGUUCCAGUUGAUAGUCUUAAGGGAAAGAACAUCGCAGUUUGUUGUGUUUUUGUGCCGGUUUUCUGGCUUUCAAGUGAGGCAAGCCAGAUCCAAGGGAUACCGACUUCUUGUUCUAGGAUUUUUGGGAAAAAUAAUUAUGAGAUAGUUAUGGUGUUAAAAAUGAGAAAUAAUUGGAUUGAUGAUGAGGAUGCAUUUAACCACUUCUUAUCAGGCUUCCCAGCUUCCUCCUGCCUUGCAAUCCCGUUCUCUGACACGUUGCGUCGUGACUAUGUAUGCAAGUCCCUUGGACUUGUUUCUGACGCAAUGGCUCUGCUUGUUGAUACGACUCAAAAGGUUGUGUUGCACCAAUCAAUAUUUCAAAAUUAUCGGGGAUUUUUGGGUCUUAAUAAUUUGUGGGUUCCUUGGCACGAAACUCGUUUCCAGCUUGAUGCACUUUUGGAUUGCAAGCCCUCUGAUUUUGUUUACAAGAUUAGUCCUAAAGGGUUAGGUGUUGGGGUUGGGGUUGGAGACGUAGAGAAGGUGUCCAUUUCGAAACUGAAAGAGAAGCUUGUGGGCUUGUACCUUUGCUAUGAUGGAGGCUUCAUUCGGACACUCAGUCUGAUUCAUCAAGAAUGUAAAGCUCGAAAUCUGGAGUUUGAGAUUGUCUUGGUCUACAUACCCAUCCGCAAGGAUUCGAGUGUGAAUCCACAGUUGUUCCAGGAGAAUUUUCCUGAACUCCAUGGAAAACGUGUUAUUGAGUUGUAUGGUAUGUUUGGAUACCCCUUCACUCGGAAGGCUGUUGUUCUGAGAUUAUUGGAAGAGCUAAGUGCAUUCACCUUAGAGUCUUUCCUGGUUUACGGGCCACAGGAUUAUAUACUUCGUAGGAAUAUCAAUAGUAAUAAUGUUGAGAAUGUUGAGAAAGUGCCAGUGGCAGAACUGCGAGGUAAGACUGUUCUCCUUUGUUUUGAGAUCGAUCCUCCGAUGAUCUAUGAGUGGUAUAACCGUACUAAGAGAGCUACAUAUCCUGAUCUAGAAGUGGUAUUUGUUAACUUAUCUAAACACCCGAAGGACAAGGAUGAUUAUAAACAACUUCCAAUCCCUUGGCUAACAUGCCCUUUUGACCCCGAACACGUAGAUUUUUUAUUGCACAAGUUGAACAAUUGUUGGCCUAUUGCGUUUGCAUUUGGUAAAGAUGGCAAGAUUAUUUCAUCAAGAGCAGAAGCCAUUCUUGAUUCAUACGGACCUGAUGGUUUUCCAUGUGAUGAUGGCCGCCUGUGUGAUGAGGUCGUUAGUGACAUCAAAUCUUCUUUUUAUGUUGACGCCUUUGAUGAUGAUAUGUAUGUAUAG